UUUGUACUGUCCACCUGGUACUGGUCUAAGGAUUGGAUCAGUGUGUCGCUCCGCACAUUGUUAAAAGCCCCCUCGAUGUCAAUGCAUACCGCCAGUGUGUACGUUUUGGCAUCGAAGGAUUCUUCUAUUUUAUGCACAACCUCGUGCAGGACAGUCUCCACCGACCUUCGCUUGACAUAGGCAUACUGUUUGUAUUUGAACAGUUCGCUGGAUGUCAUACUCUUUAUCAUGGUGUCCACAAUACGUUCCAUGGUUUUGAGUAGAAAGACCGUAAGGCUUAUGGACGCAAUCCGAGUUAAGGGACCAGCGAAAUGGUCGGUAGGACGGCGAUCGGGGGGGAUCCAGAUCGUGAGAAGACGAGGCUAUUACUGAGAGGAAGCAAGAAUUAGUUGUGGCCCCAAACGAUCCACUUUAAUUUUAAUUUAACAAUUACAUAAAAACAGUUCUACAAAAAAAUCUGUACCUACUUUUCACACAAAAUAAUGGAAACCAUACAACAGUUCUUAGUAUAAAAGGGCGUAGUUUUUAUCAAUGAAUUACUUUCUUCAUAAAUUUAAACCAUAGCGAGCAAACUAAAGGAGAUGAGUUUAAUCUUGAAUUUUCUUAUCAUUGGAGCAAUAACAUUGGCAAGAGGUCAAAACUAUUGCGAACGCAGAUUUUGCGAAAGAGACCAACGAUAUCAUAGGCAUAUUGCCUGUGGGCACAAUGGACAAUUCGAUCGCUCCUGCAUACAACCGGCUAUGGUGCCCAUUGAUAGCAAUCUUCAGAAUUUUAUUGUCUCCGAUUUCAAUGCAAAACGAAAUUUUAUAGCUGGAGGAGGAAAUCGCAACUAUAGACCAGCUUGUCGUAUGGGCACCAUGCUAUGGGAUAAUGAAUUGGCCCGUUUGGCUGAAAUGAAUGUGAGACAGUGUAGAAUGGAACAUGACUGUCAUGCAACAAUUGCCUUCCCUAUCCCGGGACAAAAUCUGGCAUGGCAAGGCUUCUUCGGUAAUCUCAAUGCAAGAGAACAAACAGCAAAUGCCAUUAAUGGGUGGUUCAAUGAACAUGAGCUGGCAAAUAUGGACUUCAUUAGGAGCUAUCGUCUCCAUCCAAGUGGAAGGCAUAUUGGCCAUUUCACAGCCAUGAUGGUUGAGAAGAAUAUUCGUAUAGGAUGCGCUGCCUCUACUUAUAACACUCCUGGAAAUAACUACAGAACUUUCCUAAUAGCUUGCAACUUUGCCGCAACCAAUAUGUUUAAUGAACCCAUCUACACUGAUUGUAAUAAUGGAGGCCAAGGAUGUACCAGUGGCAGGAAUCCCCAAUAUACGAAUUUGUGUUCCAUCAAUGAACGAUACACCUUCUAAUUGGUUGAAGGAUAUGUCAAGUGAUAUGGUACUUCAUUUAAAAAAUUUCAA